UCCCGUCACUCCUUGCAAGCUCAGUUCAAUCAUGGCGACUUUCAAAAUUCUCAGCUUGUGUAUAGUAACUACUUUAUUUACUCCUUUUCUCACUCAUGCGGCGAAUUAUAAAGAUGGAGAUAAGGUACCAUUGUAUGUCAACAAAGUUGGACCUUACUUCAACCCACAAGAAACCUACCAUUAUUACUCUUUACCAGUGUGUCGACCCGAUAAGGUGGAACAUCGCAGUUUAACACUGGGAGAAGUCCUGGAUGGGGACAGAAUGGCAGUUGCAAUGCACGAAAUCAAUUUUAAACAACCUGUUGAUAACAAAGCCUUAUGUAACGUGGAACUUCAGACGAAAGACAUUGAUCAGCUACGAGAAGCUAUUGAAGAUCUGUAUUACUUUGAAUUUGUUUUAGAUGAUCUACCUUUGCGUGGCUUUAUUGGUCAUUUAGAAGAAAGUGGAUUCCUGCCUCACAGUCACAAAGUUUUCUUGUGGGCUCACUUGAACUUUAACAUUGAAUUCAAUGGAGAUCAGAUUAUUUCCGCUAAUGUUAGUACUGCCAAUCAUCAGCCAGUAUCCCUUGACGAUGUGCAGUUGCCAUUAAAAGUGCAGUUCACAUACAGCGUGAUGUGGAGUUCUACUAAUACUCCAUACUCAGAACGACUGAAAACAAAAGGAGCUGGAAACUUUUUUCCAAAGAGUUUGGAGAUCCACUGGUUAUCAAUUAUUAACUCUGUGGUGUUGGUGUUCCUGUUGAUAGGAUUUGUGGUGAUCAUCCUGAUGCGAGUGCUCAAGAGUGACUUUGCGAAGUAUAAUGUAUCUGAUGACGAAGAAAUGGAUGAUAUUGAUCAAGAUGAAGUUGGUUGGAAGAUCAUUCAUGCAGAUGUCUUCAGGUUUCCACCAUACAAGAGCUGGCUUUGUGCCAUCCUAGGAGCUGGCUCUCAAUUCCUCAUGCUGUGUGUGUUCAUCCUGAUGAUGGCCUUCAUGGGCAUGUUUAAUGUACAUAGGCAUGGGUCAAUGAACACAGCUGCUGUUUUGUUGUAUGCCCUGACCUGCUGUAUCUCAGGAUAUGUGUCCAGUAACUUCUACAGAAAAAUUGGUGGAACCAACUGGGUUUGGAAUGUUGUCUUGACAACCAGUAUGUUUUCUGUUCCAUUCUUUGUAAUCUGGAGUAUUAUCAACUCAAUAGCAUGGUAUUACCAAUCCACUCAGGCUUUGCCGUACACCACCAUUAUUCUACUGAUGCUCAUCUGGUUGAUCGUGGGUUUUCCUCUAACCAUUCUUGGUGGAAUUUUUGGCAAAAACUGGGCAGGUAGCUUCAAUGCGCCAUGCAGAACAAAGAACAUUCCAAGGGAAAUCCCUCCGAUACCAUGGUAUCGAAGCACCUCAGUGAGGAUGGUUGUUGGUGGCUUUUUGCCAUUCAGUGCGAUAUCAGUGGAGCUGUACUACAUCUUUGCGACUCUGUGGGGACGGGAACAGUACACGUUGUAUGGAAUCCUGUUUAUAGUGUUUUUUAUCCUGCUCAGUGUCACUGCAUGCAUCUCAAUCGCCUUAACAUAUUUUCAACUUUCAAGUGAGGACUACCGUUGGUGGUGGCGUUCUCUGAUGUGUGGAGGUUCCACAUCUGGGUUUGUGUUUGGUUAUGCCAUGUUUUACUACUACAAACGAUCCAACAUGUCCGGCAUGCUUCAGUCAGUGCAGUUCUUUGGUUACACCCUGUUGACUUGUUAUGUGUUUUUCCUUAUGCUGAGCACUGUGGCCUUUGUGGCAUCCCUUAAAUUUAUAAGAUACAUUUACGUUAACCUCAAGAUGGACUAAGAAAUUGAAAAUGCACUCAAUAUACAUUUGAGCAGUCAGACACAGGCAGAGAGGGAGUUUAGGAGAUAUGUAGCAAGAUAUUGGAUAGCGUGUGCUUUAUACAAUGAAAAUUUUCAUUAAAUGUUGUGCAUGGUAAUUUAUUGUAUACAUGUUGCAAAGGAAAAUAACAGAUUUUAAAGUUCUUGCUUUUAAUUUUCUGCUAAUGUUGGUCAAUGUAUUAAUUUCCCUGGGGGAGAAUUUUGUAUUUAUGUUAUAUUCUGCAAAGAGGAUUUUCAUGGCUGAAGUCACUCCAGGGAAGCUGCACAAAAUUAUUGACAUCAAUUAACUUUGACAGAUGAUGGCUUAAAUGGAGUUCAAAGCCAAUCGACAUGAGAAAUGUAGAUAGGUGAUUUAAGCUUGGUCAGUUUUGGAGUUGUGGUGUAAAAAUGGCCGAGGGGUGUUGGUCUCUGGGUUCAAGCACUCAUGACUGGGUUCAUUUGCAUUGCAUUCUUACCCCUGACAUCCAAGUUUUGGACCCUCUUUAGUAUCGCCAAACAAGAUUCUGGUGAGGUAUUGGGAAACCUGCAAAAAAAAUUGUGAGGAAAGUGCACUAGAGUCAUUUUUAAAGACAAGCAAAUUUCCAUAAGCUACAGAAAUGUAAAGAUGUUUUUCAGAUUAUUGUAGUGGUGUGAACUGUAGUUCCAAAGGGAUGUAUAAUAAUAUCACUGUCUUAUAAAUAUUUU